GGGAAGGGGCGGCGGGGCCGGGCCGGGCCGGGGGGUCCCGGCCGCGCGGAGGAGAGCGGAGAUCGGCGCCGGGAGGACCGGAGCGUCCCGGCGGCGUUGGGACCAUGACUCUGGAGUCCAUGAUGGCUUGUUGCCUGAGCGACGAGGUGAAGGAGUCGAAACGAAUCAACGCCGAGAUCGAAAAGCAGCUGCGGAGGGACAAACGCGACGCACGGCGAGAGCUGAAGCUGCUGCUGUUGGGCACUGGGGAGAGUGGAAAAAGCACGUUCAUUAAGCAAAUGCGUAUCAUUCAUGGCUCAGGCUACUCUGAAGAGGACAAAAAAGGUUUUACCAAGCUGGUAUAUCAAAACAUCUUCACUGCCAUGCAGUCCAUGAUCAGGGCCAUGGAAACCCUGAAGAUUCUGUACAAAUACGAACAGAACAAGGCCAAUGCAGUCCUGAUCCGGGAGGUGGAUGUAGAAAAGGUGAUGACAUUUGAGCAGCCCUACGUAAGUGCAAUUAAAACCUUGUGGAACGACCCUGGAAUACAGGAGUGCUAUGACAGAAGAAGAGAAUACCAACUUUCUGAUUCAGCUAAAUACUAUCUCAGCGACGUGGAUCGUAUCGCUACCCCAGGAUAUCUACCAACUCAGCAAGAUGUGCUACGGGUUCGAGUUCCUACGACUGGGAUCAUAGAGUACCCCUUUGACCUAGAGAAUAUUAUCUUCAGAAUGGUGGAUGUUGGAGGUCAGAGAUCAGAACGGAGGAAGUGGAUCCAUUGCUUUGAAAAUGUGACUUCCAUCAUGUUUUUAGUAGCACUUAGUGAAUAUGACCAAGUUCUGGUGGAGUCUGAUAAUGAGAACCGGAUGGAAGAGAGUAAAGCCCUCUUCCGAACCAUUAUCACUUAUCCCUGGUUCCAAAACUCAUCAGUUAUCCUCUUCCUGAACAAGAAGGAUCUGUUGGAAGACAAGAUCCUCUAUUCCCAUCUCGUUGACUAUUUCCCAGAGUUUGAUGGCCCGCAGAGGGACGCGCAGGCAGCCCGCGAGUUCAUCCUCAAGAUGUUUGUGGAUUUGAAUCCAGACAGUGACAAAAUCAUCUACUCCCACUUCACGUGCGCCACAGACACGGAGAACAUCCGCUUCGUCUUCGCAGCCGUGAAGGACACCAUCCUACAGCUCAACCUGAAGGAAUACAACCUGGUUUGACCCCUUGGAAAAAAAAGGCAUCGGUGGUGAAAAGACAAAAAAAGAGGAAAAAAAAAAAAAAAAAUAAUUUUAAAUGUGACAGGAAAAAAAAAAAAAAAAACAACCAACCAACCACAAAAUGUUUUAAUUUUUUGAUGAUCUGAUGAUUGGCAAUUUGUCUGAGCUGUGGAGUGCUCGGUGUUACCCUGGAGUCUCAUGUCUCUGUCCACAGAGUAGCUGAUUGAUUUCCUGUUUUUAACAAAUGGCUUUUAUUUCACAGUCGAUGGGGAUAUGCCUCAUUCCUCCAGCACCUUGCUCACUUCUUAAUUGUUGCCAAGCAGCUGCGGCGGCCUCAUCUCAAGCUUUUUUUGUUGUUGUUGUUGUUGCUUAGCCACUUUUUUUUUUUUAAUUAUUUCCCCUCCUCGUUCCCAUGCUGUAUGUAGACAAAGUAACUUCCCAGCCGAGGUCCUGAAGUCCCUGGACUGUGGGAGUGUGGAAUGCUACUGGUCCCUUUGCCUUGUGCUGUAGGGUGCCCUUGGUUUGUGAUCUGCUAAUCCUGCUUGCUUCCCCCCCUUUCUUUUCCCUUCCCCAGGUUCACUGUGCUGAAACGUUGGGGAACAACAACUGCUCUCCAAUGUUGUGCAAACAAAAAACCAAACCCAAAACCAAACCACACACAACAAAAAGGCAAAACGCACCCAAAAAAAAGAGAGAAGCCAUCGCUUUUCCACCCUUCAGAUGUUCUGCUUCUGACUUGCUGUCUUGUUUUUUCUUAUCAAUUGCAAAAGUUAUGAAGACCGUGGUUUUGUUUUUAAGUUAUUGAUGCUCUGUGCAUCGCUGUGUUUUGCUCAUGGACCACAAAGGAUGGGAGCUCUUGGAGCGACAGCUGCUGAGCCUGGGGAAGUGCCUGACUCUCACUGUUCAUUUUAUUAUUUUUCCCCCCCCUCUUUUUCUUACUUUUUUAAUUAUUUGCAUCGUUUUCCCACGCGCACACGCCGUCCCCUCUCACACACAGCAGCUCCCCCUUUGCUUGAGCAGAGCCCACAGAACCCUGGGGCUCAGGCUGCGGUGCUGCGGCGCUCAGUGCCAGCCUCUCAUUCUUCUCUUGCUGCUAGCAGCAAACAAGCCUUGCUUACUGCAUUUCGUGCCAGCGUAGUGGAUGGCUUGCUGAGGGUUCCCCUGGUUUUUAGGAAGGAGCAGAGCUGGUGCUCGCAGCCUUUGGGAUGCAGGUGGGA